GCGCGUGGCGCUGCUCCGCGCCCCACAGGUGAGGCCCUUAAAGGGGCCGCGGCCCCCUCGGCCCCGCCCGGCCCCGCGGAGAUCCCCGGGCGCUCCCUCCGCGGGGCCGCCGCCACCUCCCGCCGCCACCUCCCGCCGCCACCUCCCGCCGCGCGGGGCCAUGAGGCGGCCGCGUCCUGAGGCGGGGGCCCGCGGGGCUGCAGCAUGAACGGCCCUUGCCUGGGGCUGCGCAGGGCCGGGCUCCUGCUGUCCCUGGGCGUCGCCGCCCUGCUGCUGCUGCUGCUGCCGCGGGGGCAGCGCCCCGCCGUGCCCCGCCCGCCGCCCGCCGCCGGGCCCAGCGCCGGCCCCCGGGGCGGGGAGCGGCAGCCCGGCCGAGGCCUCACGGGCAGCCCGCAGCCGGCGCGGAGGAGCCGCCUCGGAGCUGCCGGCGGCUCGGCCAGGGAGAGCCUGGAGCUGAAGGACAUUUUUAUUGCGGUGAAGACCACGAGGAAGUAUCAUAAGAGCCGGCUGGACUUGCUCCUCCAAACCUGGAUCUCCCAGGCGAGGGGACAGACGUUUAUAUUCACGGACUGGGAGGAUCGAGAGCUACGUCUGAAAGCAGGGGAUCAUAUGAUCAACACCAACUGUUCCGCUGUCCAUACCCGGCAAGCCCUCUGCUGCAAGAUGUCUGUGGAAUAUGAUAAAUUCCUGGAAUCUGGGCAAAAAUGGUUUUGCCAUGUGGAUGAUGACAACUAUGUGAACCCUCGGACUCUCCUGCAUCUCUUGUCUGCCUUCUCACACAGCCAGGAUGUCUAUGUGGGGCGACCGAGUCUGGACCAUCCCAUUGAAGCAGCUGACCAUGUCCAAAGUGAUGGAUCAAAGACAACCGUGAAAUUCUGGUUUGCCACAGGUGGAGCUGGGUUUUGUAUCAGCCGAGGUCUUGCCCUGAAGAUGAGUCCCUGGGCCAGCCUGGGCAAUUUCAUCAGUACUGCAGAAAGGGUGCGUCUUCCUGAUGACUGCACGAUUGGCUACAUCAUCGAAGGGCUGCUGGAGGUAAAGCUGCUGCACAGCCCUUUGUUCCAUUCCCACCUGGAAAAUCUGCAGAGACUACAAGGCGAGUCUGUGCUGCAGCAGGUAACCCUGAGUUAUGGGGACCCUGAGAACAAACACAAUGUGGUGAGUGUGGGAGGAGUGUUUGGCCUUCAGCAAGAUCCAACCCGAUUUAAAUCUGUCCAUUGUCUGCUUUAUCCGGACACUAUUUGGUGCCCUGCUAAGAAGAUGUCAUAAUUCUUGACCAGCCACUGACACCUGUGUCUUAGCUAGUUUGCAUAAGGCAGGAAUUUUUUUGUGGUUUUAUUCUUUUUCUGGGAGACAACCAGUGGUGUCUACAAAGGAGGUGAAUAGACUGUAUUUUAAAAGGCA